AUGCGCCAUCAUUGGAUGUUCUCCACCCAUUUCCCUCACGGCAACGAUCAGGUUCAGUUUGCAACCCUGAAAAUGUGGCUAGCAAUAACUGGCUCACGACCCGGUGAGAUUUUACCAAAGGACCCUCAGACAGCGAAACCCAAGGCGGCCUCCGAUGGAUUCAAGAGUGAUCUUCCGCGAUAUACAUCUUUGAACAGUCUGCCAAAAACUGUAUUGUGGAAAGACAUCGAACUAUUUCUUCUACCUAUACCCAAUGGGAGUAUCCCGUGUGCAAUCAUCGAUUUUCGAAACUUGAAAGGCAAGCCGGAGGGCGCAGAGGGGACUAGAUUCUUUGUUCAUGGCGAUUACAAGCUGGUAUACUGCCCCAUCGCCCAGAUAGUAGCGCUGGCAUUUCGAGAUGAGGCCUUUCAAAAUGAGCAUCUCACGCCGAAACUGUUCUGGAGCUUGAGAGUCCCCCGCCAUAGGGGAUCUCUCCCAUUUCGAUGGAAGGACAAGGUGCUAAACAAACCUGUGCUUCGAUGUAUGAAAACGGACGAUGCCGGCUUGCACUCCAUUGAUGAAAAGCAAUCAAUGUCGUACAGCGUGGCCAAUAAAGCCAACACAGCACUUGUUCGGGAUGCGGGCUUCAUGGACAUGUCCUUCUAUGCUGAUAGACGCUGGGUGGCUAAUACAGCAAACGAUAAGUUCACCAAGGCGGAGCGGAAAAGAAUUCUUGGUCAUAACGGUUCAAAUGUUUACGAAAAAAAUUAUCACGAUCACAAUGUAAAGCGGGAUAUGCAAUUUUUUGUCCUCUUACGACCCCACCACAACGAAGUGCUUGAGCUAGCCAUGAGCCAGAUGAGACACCGGGACACACGAGCACCUGGCAGCAGAGCUUCGGACACCGUGAAAAGAGCAGUACGCGAGCAUCCUACGAUCCUGAGACUGAGACAGCGACAAGGAGCACUAAAGGAACAAAUAAUAUCAGUGGCUGGAAAAGUGCAAAGAGGGCAAAGCAUCUGCCCAGAUCUUUAUCAGCAGUAUCUUUCAGUCAAAAAAGAACUGCCUAGCAAGAGAAACACUCUCACGAGGCAGUUACACAAGAAGGAGAGAGAUGACUUUUUUCUUAAUAUUGGUGCAGAAGAGGUGGACAAGGAGAUUUUACGAUUACUUGCGGGAGAGGAGUAUGAUGAUUCUCAUGUUGAUGAGAGUGAAGAGCCAGUUCCGAAGCACUUUUCAAGUGAACGAAAACGACUUAUUGAUUCAUUCUAUGGUCCUGAAUCAGAAACCUUUGACGGUGAGCAGCUGCGCAAGAGACAAAUUCAAGUUACCGAGGAUCUUAUAGCUCUCUGCAGGCUCUCCGAGCCUUCGCAAAGGGGAAAGAGAUUCAACUAG